AUAAAAAGCAAUACCAACGAAAUCUUUUUUACAGCUGUCAAAUCUAACCUUGCUUCCUGAAAGUAAAAACGAGAAGACAAAAACACAUUGAACACUUAUUACCUAAGUGCAUCUGUUAUUGGUAGGCCUCACUCUGGGUUUAAUCAAAUCUCAGUGAUGGCAGGCUCUCUGCCAACCACGGGGUAAAAAGAUUUUGAUGCAUUGGAGUUUUAUUCAACUCAGGAUGGGCAUUACAAUUACAUUUCCCAGCUUUCCUGCCGUUUUAUUGGAGCCUGGGUGGCUGAGAUUGACUUUGCCUUGUCAAUACCGAUGGUGACCCGACCAUUUUAUCACGGUGCACUAUUGAAUCUUGUGGAGUCACAAUGUUUUUGUAUCCGUCACAGUAUCCAUCAAUCUUCCAUGGUUUCUUUCUCUGACAUUCUAUUUCCUAAUUAGUGUCAUUUUCCUGAUAGGGAAUAAUCAAUAUUUGUUUCUUAUCGGCGGGAUCCUAUAUGAAUUAUUCACUGCAGCAUAUAUGCACGGUGUUUGUUGCGACGUCCACACCUUCUGCCAUGUAAUGAUCUUGUCGAUACAUAAGACCUUUCCUCCUCCUAAUAAAAAGAUUUCCAGUGCUCCAAUGCCGCUUGCCGCUACCCUCAUUAUCGCCCGUGCUUGUAUUGGGAAUGUUAACUAUUUGUGAUCAAUGAUCAAGCCAUAUUGUCAAAAUCCGCUCAGUGGUGGAGUUGAAGAAAACAUGACGGGCUGCGGUUUGCCGACAGCAUUUUGUGGCAGUUUCGUUGGUGCAUGAAAUGCGUGGGAUUUAGCGUGGAGUAGUGGACUCGGGCAACCUGCCGUUAUCUAGUGCAUGACCGAGUGAGACUUAUUUCAUCUACUUGUGGCAGCAACAACAACAACGCACUGCAGAUAAUUGUAAAUAACGCUGCUUAGCUGUGUGCUUUACAGGUGACAGCUUCAGUUCAGGGCUCGGCUCCUCCUAGCAUAGAAUAACUCCAAUAGCCUCACCAUGUGUGGAAGUUGUUGUGGAGAGAAGGGUUCCAUUGAUGAGAAAGCUCUCCUCAGCAACCCCACAAAGAACCGAGGAUGUACCGACUGUCUGUCUCUCAUCAUCUUCAUCCUCUUCUGGGGCGGAAUGAUCUUCAUUGCAGCUUUUUCAAUCAGCAAAGGGGAUGCGUUCCGUCUCAUUUAUGGUUACGAUAGUUUUGGCAACACAUGUGAUGAGAAUAAUGAGGGAAAUGCCAUCCCUAAUAUUUCACUGUCUGGCCUCAACAUGAAGGGCAAAUCACAUGUGUUUUUCAUGGACAUUACAAGACCGACUGAGUCGAUGGUCAUCUGUGUGAACAAGUGUCCGGAUCGAGACUUCAAGGACCUGUAUGACAUUUAUGCCUUUACAGAGCGAAGCGGGUCCUACCUGUGUCGGUAUGACAUCAAAAUUGAAGACUACCAAAAACAGAAACAAGGUGUCCACGGGCCGUGUCCAGUAUCACCUGUUAAACAAAGCGAGCCGCUACUUAACCGCUGUGUGCCAAGUGAGCUGAUGUCACUGCCGGUUGGAAUACCGAGGGAAAUCAUCAGUUAUCUCAACGACAGUGACAUCUUCCAACGCGUCCUCGCCGAUCUCUACAGCAGCUGGAAGGAGAUGCUCGGACUCUGUUUCGUGGCCGUUGGUUUUGCCAUCUUAAUGGUUCUCCUCAUCCGGUUCAUGGCCUCUGUUAUUGUCUGGAUUAUCGUGGCUUUUACAAUCAUUGCAAGUAUAGCUGGGACAGCAUUCCUGUGGUGGACAUAUGCUGGUUUGAAGCAGAAACUGGACAGUGAAACCAAGUUGAAAAUACCACUACUAGCGGUGGACAUCAGCAGCGAAUCAGCCUUUCUUACCUUCUCCAUUAUUGCAACAAUUUUAACCGUGAUAUUGUUGCUGAUCUUGUUGAUAAUGAGGAAGCGGUUUGCGCUGGUUGUGGCGUUGUUUCACGAGGCGGGGACGUGUGUGGCGGCCAUGCCGUGUCUGCUGCUACAGCCCAUGUGGACGUUCUUCAUACUCAUCGUCUUCUUCGUGUACUGGGUCAUUAUUCUCGCAUACCUUUCUACAGCAGAAAUUGCCACAGUCAAUAAGCAAACAGGAUUUGUGAAAUUUGAACAGCAUGAGCAAGUUUCGUAUUUUUGGUGGUAUCACCUGAUUGGUCUGGUGUGGACCAGUGAGUUCAUCAUUGCAUGUCAACAGCUAGUAGUGUCGGGAGCUGUCGCACGGUGGUAUUUUACAAGAGAGAAGGAUCAGGUGAACUGCCCUAUAUGUGGAUCAAUCGGUCAUCUCGUUAUAUACCACCUGGGCACCGUGGCCCUGGGCUCACUGGUUAUCACCAUUGUCAAACUUCCAAGAUGGAUACUUAUGUAUUUGAAUAAACAAUUAAAAGGCUCAGAAAACCAGUGUGCCCGUUUUUGUAUGAAGUGUUGUAUUUGCUGUUUGUGGUGUCUUGAGAGGUGCCUUAAGUAUUUAAAUGCUAACGCUUAUACAAUAGUAGCUGUUAGUGGUAAAAACUUUUGUACAUCAGCUAAAAAGGCCUUUACGAUGCUUGUAACGAAUGUGUUACGGGUGGCAGCUAUUAACAGUAUAGGAGAUUUUAUCCUGUUCCUGGGAAAGCUUGGAGUAAUGGCUGCCACAGCUGCCUUUGGGAUCAUUUGGUUUAAGAGUCGAAGUGAUCUCCACUAUUUUGCCAUUCCAGUUUUGUUGGUGUGUGUCUUUGCCUAUUUUAUUGCUCACUGCUUUUUGUCAGUAUAUGAGAUGGUGAUAGAUGCUUUGUUUUUGUGUUUGUGUGAAGAUUUGGAUUUAAAUGAUGGAUCACAAGAAAGACAAUAUUUUGGAAAAAAAUCUUUACGGAGCUACAUUCAAGACACAAGCAAAGAGUUGAAUAAGAUGAGAAAGAAGAAAGGGGAGGGAGAGGCAGCAGAACCCGCUCAUUUGUAACCAGCUCCAGGGGGAGAUAACUCAUCUGCUGGACUUUCCCUGUGAUUUGGUGUCAUUCAAAAAUAGUGAUGGGAACAAUGACUCACACUAGACUUAGUGCUUGUCUGAUGUGUAUAAUUCAUCCAUUGACACAGUGACAUAAUCUGUUUUUAUCUAUAUUCUAUUCACAGAUAAAUAUUAUUGUUAUUUGAAUGUGUUAUUUCAGUUUGAUCAUGCAUGGAGAUUCCAAAUUCCUAGAUUCCAUCAUGUAUAAAAAUAGACGACUUUAUGACAAAAUAUCUGAUGAGACCUGAAAUAUAAAAAUAGUAAUAAACACCAUAAACAUUAAGCCAAUAUACAAAGGUGUGAAUUGAAUAGUACCUUGUGUACUGGUUUUAAAAGCAUAAUAAAAUGUGUCUUUUUAAAGCAGUUUAAUGUGCUUCCACUAUGUACAUGAUACAGGAGAACUAUUUUAUUUUAUACAUAUUUAAUCAUUCGAAUAACAAAAAAGAGGAUGGAAAAGUCCACCAUUUACAAAUAUACACUCAAAAUAACUUGGGGUGGGUAUGUCAAAUUUAUUUAAUAUUUAAAUUAUUUUCAUGAAAUUUGAAUGAAUUUGAUAGUUUUUUAAGAUCAUUUACCAUUUUAUCCUCCUUCUUCAUCUAAGAACAUUUAUUGCUAUUAACACAUGAUACGUGUGUUACAUAGAACUAGGAGUAUGGAAACUAUUUUUUAAAAAUCUAAAGUUUAUAAAUAUUUUGUAGAAAGCUUAUUUUAGAACUUACAUAAACACAUUAAUAAUUGGUCCAGUACCAAGCUUUAGCCAUUAUAAUAUUUAUUACAAUAAUUCAUUUGAUACAGAGGUGUAUAGAAUGUAUUUUUCUUAUGACUAAUAAACACAUUGCUUUUUUGCUAAUUCACAAGCUUAUGCUUGCUUUUGCAGAGUGCUGUGUUUUUAAAGAACAACUUGAAAAUGCAAUUAAUGUAUACUCAUUAUUUCCUUCACAACAAAUGCUCAAUUAUUGUGAAAGUGAUGUUCUAUUGUAUUGCUAAUGUUGAAUUCUGUAUGUAUAUAUGCAUGUGUGUGUGUGUGUGUGUGUGUGUGUGUGUGUGUGUGUGUGUGCAUGCAUGCGUGUGUGUGUGUGUGUGUGUGUACAUGUGUGCGUACGUGUCUUCUUAUCAUAUUGCCAAAAGCGGCACCACCCUAAUUUCUGUACUGUAUUGACUUUUGUUUUUGUAAUCAUGAAAAUAAUAUAAUUGUCAUGUAGAAAAUAUCUUGUAUUGUUGUUCCUGUAUAUUUUAAAAUAUUUCCCCCACACUUUUGUUAUGUCAAACUGCAAAUAUUUUAUUAAGUAAAUAAGUCGGGGAAAAAAUUAAUUUAGUGAGCUAAUCAUAUAAGAUUUUGAACCUAAAGCUGCAAUCUUGAGUAUAUUUGUAUUAUUUAACCAAUUAGGAUAGUCCAUCCACAUAUUGACAUUCUUCCUGAGACAUGGCAGUUUAAAGCUCAAAAGGCAGGAGACAUCAUUACCAAUUAGUACAUGCAGUACUGUUUAUUUUUAAAAUGGCAACUGAUUUGUAUCGAGGCAACGAACCAUAUCCACCGUCAGUGAAAAAAUGCAAGGUUUAUUAAAGCUAGAGUUGUGUUUGUAGUUUGCAUUAGUAAAUAAUGUUAUGAAAUCAGUUGACAUGAUUGCAGCUUUAAAACAUGUCUAUGGAUUUGGAGUUUUCCAUUAUACAUACUGUUAUCGCCAUCAUCAUUAUUGUUAAUCUCUUCAAUAACACUUACUACAUUUUCUUCUGACACACAGAAGACUGUACAUUUUUUUGUACAUUGAUGAAUUUAGGAUUCAAUUUUAUAUUGGUGAAAAUUGUUUGAAAAUAUUAUGAUGUAUUGUAGCUUCAUUCUACUACUACUACUACUACUAAUAUCAAUUACAACAGCUCACGUAUAUCCUGCAUAUCAGUACUUAAUUUUCUAAGUCUUGAUUUACCACAGGGUAGAUUGUGUUUGUGGAAUAGUUUCUGUCCAGAAUAUAUUUGUAGAAUAGGUUCUUUCUAGAACCCAAAAGGUAAAUACUGUACUCUUUAGCUACACUACACUUUGUGUGAAUCCCCCCCCCCCCCCUCCUGUAUAUCGGUACUAAAAGCUUCUAGUUUUUAUAACAUAGUGUUACCAUAGUCUCCUCACUCUAAGCUAAGUCAUUGCAGCUCAUGUCAAACAAUUAUUUUCUCUACACAGGAAUUGAAAGCUUCUAGUCUUUAGAACUUUAGCCAGUUAAUUUUUUUAGAUAUGGCCGUCUGUAGUGCAACAGUCAAAUUUUUUAGAUAUGGUUGUCUGUAUUAUAUUAGUGCAAUAGUCAAAUAUGUAUUACUAGUAUAUUUGUUUAAGUUGUGUUAAUCCGUUAGUGAAAGGUGAAGGCUUUUUUUCUUUUUUUCAUUGUUUAAUCUUGUAAAUAGUAUUUUGGUUUCAUUGUUUUGAUUUCGUUUACCCUAUUUUUGUUAUUAACAUAAUAUGAUUUCUAAACAUAAUAUUUACACAUAAAAAUUUCAAUUUAGUUGAUUAAUAUGAACAUUUUUGUUGUAUCUAUACUUACAAGUGAAUGUAGUGAUGUUCCUAGUGGUAUUAUUUGUAAAUUAGUUAUGUAUUUGCUUUUUGUUUUUGUAAAAAGUGUUUUCUUAUGAUCAUAAAUGAUAAUUGUGGUGCCACAUAUUGAGAUUAGAUGUAAAUUUUAAGGAACCAUUUUGCCCAGUCACUAACUGUAGUUGUACAGAAUUGUUCAGCAGAUAACAUUUGUUUCUACAAUGAAUGUAGAUCUUUCAGUAAUUAAAAGAUACAGAAAUAAGCAGCUCUCAACUUUGAGAAUACUACUUUAACAGAAACUGGUUAUUUUUAUCUGCUAAUAAUAAAAGAAAAUAUUAACUGAAGAUUUUCAUUCAAAAUUAGCUGGCUGAUUUUCAGAUUUUCUCAGUACUGCACACACGUGGUUCUAGUUUAAUGCUUAUAGUCCAGACUCAGGCUUUAAACUACUGGUAAAUUAAUAUGCAUGAAAUACAUGUAUGUCUAAUAAAAAAAUUAAAAAAAGCCAAAUUUAUGAAGCUUGUUUCUCUCAAAUAUAGGUUUUGUUUUUUUUUUAACCUCGACAAUGUAUGUAGUAACUGUCAGUAGUUACAUACUUGUAAAACAAAAGCAGCUUUUGUACAUUUGGCUCAUAAUGCUGAUUUUAUCAAUUAUUUACCUUCAUAGUGUUAGUAAUUUUCAUAUUUAUUAUUUGGUAUUUAGGUUUGCUGAUUUUUGAAUUAUGUUCAACUUAGCUUUUUGCUAAACAAUUAAAAUACUUAAUAAAUGAAAUUAAGUGUAGAAAAUUUUAAAAAAGAAAUGUUGAAUUUAAGCUGUUGCUUCUGUGAUCCUUUUUUUACACAACCUUUAUUAGGGUGAAACUUGUACACUUUUACUGUAUAUUUUGAUAACAAUGUUUUGUAUAUAUUUUGAUCAUGUUUCAAAUUUAAAGUGGAUUGAAUCUCACACGAUUGAAAAAUAUUCCAUUUUUAAAAUUGUAUUAUAUAUAAUGAGAAGAUUAAAAAAAAAAAAAGUAUUUUUAUGUACCUGUAUUGUCCAGUUUACUGUUAUGGACAUGCAGAUAUGGCAUCAUGCCAAGUGCUGCAACAGUUGGUGGUUCUUGUAACCUAGCAACAAGAUGUUUUCUGUUAAACAGGCUAAUUGUUUAUACAAACUAUUUUAAGCUGUUAAAUUGAAAGUUUAGUGGGAAGAAGCUUCUAUGUCACUGUCCCUAAGUGUAAGCAUUUAGUUAACCAUUGAUAACACAUUUCGUAAGGAAAAGUUAUUAUUAUGGCUAUCUGUAAUUAUUCCUUUAGUCUUUGUGUUAGAUGAAAAUUAAAUUUAUACAGCAGGUCUUCAGUCAAAAUCAAAUCUGUUCCUUUUCAACAUUUCUACAUUUCAGACAGAAACUUAGUUUCUUGUUUGAAAAUUUUUUUCUCACAUCUGUUUGCGUGAAAUUAGCUUCCAAGUGCACAUCACUCAUAUAUUCUGCUUGCAUUCCCCAACUAGGCAUUUUCAAAUCUUAUUUGGAAAUAAAUGAAAUCUUAUGUUCUUGAUCAGUUGACAUUUUUUGAAUGGUCAAACAUUCUAAUGACUUAAUAGCAUAUACAAAUAUAAGUUAUCAAGCACAAGUAAUUUUAUAUAUAGGCCUUUAAUAACAACAAAAAACUUUCUAGAUGACAAUAUCUUUUCAAUAAAUGGGUAGUAUUGAUUUGUAUUAGUACAGGAAGACUUGUUUCUAUACAACAAAUUUAGUUUUUUAAGAAUAUGGCAUGGUUCUGAAGAAUCUUCAGUAAAUAAAAUAUAAAAAUAUGAAAUUCAUAUUGUAAAUUUGCAUAAAUUUUAUUUGAACUCUUACUUUUUAUUUUGGUCUCUUUUUGUUAUUGAGAAUCAACAGACCACUGUUCAAAAGGCUAGUAAAUAGGGCUGCUUAGCAUGUUGUGUUUUUAUAGUUUAUGGAAGUCUGCAAUGUCAGAUCAUGAUUUUGUUAUCUGUGUUUCACCUGCUGAAAUCAUACAAAUCAUUUCAUACACAUAUAUUUUGAACAGCUUUGGAAUAUGUAUUCUAAUAUUUGAAUGAAUUUGAUGAACUUGUUUAAUGCUGUAUGAAACAAUAUGGAUAUAUUUGUACUGACAAUAAAAUUGUCAUCUCU